CCAGGCAGUUUUGCCAGGGUCCACAACUGAAGGAGUAUUUGCUCAAAGGUAUUGGAGGUGUAUGUAAGCACACAAUUUGAAAACCUCAAGCACUGUGACAGCCUCCAACACUCUGCUUGGUCCCCAAUGGUUACUGAGUAAAUAAAUAUUUUAAGUGAAGGAUGUUCACAUAGAAUCUGCCCUGCAAGCCUAUGAGCAAAAAUGAAGAAAAAGAGACACAUCCAGAUUGCAAGACGAACAAGUAUCAAAUAAAAGCCACACGGAAAACUGGGCUUGUUGCCGAAGCUCUCCCUAUAAGAAACACAAAUGACAGAGUGGUGAGGCGUGCAGUGAGAAGUCAGGCUGCCUGGUGAGGUCAGCCUUCAAAGGGACAGCCUCUGAGUGCCAGACACCAUACCAGAGGCAACAUGUUUUCUCAUUUAAACCUUAACACUACUCUAGACAGAUCUGAAGAGUCUGAGAAGAGACCUGGGAGCCUGCCCAGAGCAGAAACCUGUAGGAAGUGUCAGGGACUCUGGAAAGAGCACAAUGGACUCACCUGUGAGGAACUAGCUGAAAAAGAUGACAUCAAGUACCGAACAUCUAUUGAGGAAAAAAUGACUGCUGCCCGUAUUAGAAAUGCCACAAGUGUGGGACUGGCCUCAUCAAAUCUGAAGGCUGCAAUCGAAUGUCCUGCCGCUGUGGUGCCCAAAUGUGCUACCUCUGCGCCGAGUGUAUCAAUGGGUAUGACCAUUUUUGCCAGCACCCUCGCUCUCCAGGAGCCCCUUGCCAGGAGUGCUCAAGAUGCUCUCUCUUGGACCGACCCCACU